CAGACAUUUGAAGCAAAGUGGGAAACCUCAAGGGGCUGCGCGGAGUAGAUGACGCGGCUGUGACUGACGCCAUGCGCUGCCGCCUCUUGGCCGCCGCGACUGCGGCGCUGCUGUGGCAUCGAGAGGUUUUCGUUUCUGAUCUUCACUCAGUCCGCCGAGCCCACCUUGUCUGCGGCUGAAAAUUCUGCACCUGCAUAGCAAGGUGGAGGGGCUGCUUGGAGCCUGGGGCACAUGGCCCGCCGGACGUGGUCAACGCUCUUCCCAAACUUCAAAAUGUCUUUCAUGCAAAACGAGGCCGCGCGUGCGCUGCCGUGGUCCCAGGUCGCAGGGGCGGAGCUCCACCCCGAGGUGCUCGCAGCUGCCAAAGAUGCCUGCGAAGGAGGCUUUGAGCUGGUGGUGCCAGAGGACGAAGACAUGCAGGGACUUACGGACCUGGUGGAUGAAAGCUUUCAGCGGCACAUCCAAGACAGGAUGAUUGAUGACGGAAACCCACUGAGUGGUCUGUGGAACGGCUGGGUGGCACUCAGUGAGCGGCAGAUGACGCUGGGGGCUAUGCGGAAGCGCUUGGCCCAACUGCUGCAGGCUCCCAGCCUGCGAAGGCCAAGUUCCGCGGAGUGGAACUUGGGCGUCCUGUUAAGGCGGAAGGGCGACGCGCCCGUCGGCUAUUUCGAGCUGUGCGUCAAGCAGCCCGAAGGUUUGGGCAGGCGCCCUGAUUCGCAGCCGUACCUGACGAACCUGUGCGUGGCAAAGGCCUGCAGAGGCCGGGGCCUGGGCCGCAAGCUGCUGAAGUUGGUGGAAGAUUUCAGCAGGACUGCUUGGCAGGGCAACGCCCUGUACCUGCACACUGACGAUGACCCCGCUGCCUUCAACCUGUAUAACAGCAGCGGUUACGCUGUGCGAAAGAGACAGAAGGACGCGGAGGAUCAUCUCACGUUAUAUAUGUACAAGAAUCUAGCUGACUGACGAAAUUGAC